CGAGCCGGCGGCCAGACCGCGAGCCGAGCCGAGCCGAGCGAGGAGCGGAGCGGACCCGCACCAUGGUGCAGCCGGGUUUGCUGGCGCUGCUUCUGCUCGCCCUGGCCUGGGUCCGCGUGUGCACGGACGACGCGGCCAAAGUGAUCUCCGACCGCUAUGCCGUCUACUGGAACCGGAGCAACCCCAGGUUUCACCACGGCGAUUACACAGUGGAAGUCAGUAUCAAUGACUAUCUGGACAUCUACUGCCCCCACUACGAGAAGCCGCUGCCCCCGUCUGUGCUCAUGGAGCAGUACGUCUUGUACAUGGUCAAUGAUGAGGGCCACGCCUCCUGUGACCACCGGCAGAAGGGCUUCAAGCGCUGGGAGUGUAACCGGCCCACGGCACCCAACGGGCCCCUCAAGUUCUCCGAGAAAUUCCAGCUCUUCACACCCUUCUCCUUGGGCUUUGAGUUCCGGCCCGGACACGACUACUAUUACAUCUCUGCCACUCCCCCCAACAUGGUGGACCGGCCCUGUUUAAAGCUGAAGGUUUACGUGAAGCCAACAAACGAUUCUCUGUACGAGUCUCCAGAACCCAUCUUCACCAGCAAUAACUCCUGCAGCAGCCUCAGGGUGUCCCAGCUAUUCCUCUCUGUGGUGCCCGUCUUUUGGACCAUCUUCACCUCCUAGCCCCCCGGCCCUCCUGCCACCAGGCACCGAGGGCUCGGCGUUGUUGUAGGUGGAGCCGGGGAAGACGGAGGGAACCCUAGAGGGAUGGGGGCAGCCCUGCUGUUUCCUUUACUCAAAACCCCCCCUCAGACCCUGUGUGCCCCUCCUUCAGGAGGCCAGGGAGGAAGGCCUCGAGGCCGCCGUGCCAGACUUCCACCUUCGGGACCACACAGAGAGGACUGAGGAGGAAGCAGAUGGUGUCUGCAGGCACUGAGUUCACGGCUGCCCGGGAAGGUGACCUCCAAUCCUGGAAAGUUUAAGCCUUCGGGAGCCUCUGGGGCAGGAACAGCUGCUUCCCCACCCUGGGGCAUGGGAACGAGAGCUGCUUAUAGACCAAAUAGAGAGCGUCCUUCUUGUUUCGAUUUGGUGCUGUCAUCCCUUCCUCCCUGACUCUCCGACCUCUGACCUGCCCAGGGACCUUCACAGAGAUAGAAGAGGCUGCCACUGCACCAGGAUGGUCAUUGCCACCCAAACUGCUGCUCCUCCCUUUCCCCUCUGCAUCGCUCCAGCCACCUGCCCCAGAGACAGCAGGCAAGCUGUCAUUUCAGAAGGAGCAGAGACGGCAGGGGGACGGGGGUGGGACUUGGGGGGGUCCAUACCCUUUGGUUCUGUCCCCUUCCUGCCCAUCUCCUUGCCCUGAACUAGUCCUUGUCUUCUCAUCAGACUGAAUGCUGCCAGGACAGAGCUGAUUGAAGACUUUUGUCCUUGAGAUCACUGGGGAACCCAUGCCCUGGGGAGGUCAGAGGUGCUAUUGGCCUAUGAGUUCAGGAGUAGAUGCCUGGGGUGGAGGAGGGAGCUGGGGACGAUCUACUAGGAAUAGGCUGAGCUCAGUACCAUGAUCCAUAGGGUCCAGCUACAGACUUCUUUGGGCUAUGUGGUCAUGGAAAAGGGACAAGAGGCAGGCACUGGCCAUGUCAGCCUCUCGCCUAUGACUGCAGGUCGGGGAGGGAAGGGGUAGAAAUACCUCUCAGUUCUUCUUCUUCUUCUUUUUUUAAGUGUAUUUUCAUUGUUUUAUUUGAGACUCGAGUUUUUAAUUUAUUCUACCGCCUCACCCCCCUGACCCAAUUAAGACUUUGGGGAAGGAAACAGGGGUCCCUGGCUAUGGAUCUGGUCCCACGCUCCUGAUCUGCUCCCCCAAUUUCCUUCCUUUCCUCAGCCCCUGUUCAUCACUUUCCCUACUCUGUGCUCCACCAAAACACCCAAACAAAUGAGCCCACAUCCCAGAGGAAGUUCCUAGCCUCCCUGGCCCAGCUCCUUUCCACUGCUGUCUUUCCCCAUGGAUUUUAGGGGUUUCCCUGAUUUCUUGCCUCCAUCUCUGGCUUUGUCUUUCCUUGACACCCUGAGCUAAGUAAGGUCACAGCUGCCCCAAUGGGCCAUGGGGGAACUCCUAGAUCUGGGCUCCAGGACUGUGGGCUUUUUUUUUUUUUUUGGAGGGACACGGUAUUAUGGUGAAGGUGGAAGGAACCAUUAGGGGAAUGCACAUUUUGCAGACUUCAGAAGGGAUAGCGCCACUUGUUAUCUGGGUCCCCUCUUCCUACCCCCUUCGGAAGCCAAAAGUCUGAAGCAAGAGCCUAGAAAGGAGGGAGGGGUGGCCAUUCGGUUCUAAGGGAGGUGGCUGCACUGACCCAGAUCCCCAACUGAAGCCACUGGCUCCUGGGUGCCUGCAGAGAAGGCUCUAGGAGGUUCUAAGGAAAAACAAACAAACAAACCCGCCCCUCACUGCCCUCUCUGGAGGAGACAAAGCCUCCCCAUCUCUUACCCCGGUGUCUGACUCCCCUUCCACUUCUUAGCCUUGGUGCGGGCUUGAGUCUCCCCCACGUCCCAGAGAGAACAGCUAACAAGUCCCUCCACCAGGCCAUAGUUCAGCACCCCCUCUGCUCUCCAUUGGAGGGGGCCUUUUUAUUAAGGACCCUCUUGUUUCUUCCUUCCUUCCUUCCUUCCUUUCUUUUCCUUUUUCUUUUUUUUUUUUUUUACAAAUGCAAAUGAAUCUACCGAUUUCUAUUGCUUCAAGUAAUCUGUCUCUGAGGAAGGGAGCAGACGCUAUAUUUCUGUAAAUAGAGCCCGCAGGUACAUACUGUGAUUUAUUUUUAAUGCAAUGCUGAGAAUGAACUCGGUGGAGGUCUCUUUCUCUCUUCCUCCUUCUUUCUUUUUCUGUCUUUCUCCCUUUCCCCCCGCCUCUCUGUGUCUGUCUACACCUGCCACCUUCCUCCUCUCUCUCUCU